AUGGCAAAAAUUCAAUCCAAUCAUCGACAUCAUAGAGUGGAUACUCUAUGGGAUGCUGAUGCAGACAAAUACAGAGUUUUCUGUCGUAAGAUCCAUGUUACCAAGGCCACCCAAUUUAUUGGCCUUGUUCAACUUGUCAUUAUGGGAAUAUUCAGUAUUGCUCUCCUCUUCUUCGCCACCAAAAAUCUGAAUGGAAACUUCAACGAAAAUGAGUUGUUGGGAAGUAUGGGAAGACGAUACAUCACCUCUUUCUUCACCGCCAUGGUCCUCCAAUUGGCUUUGGUUCUCAUGAUGCUUCAAGGUGUCCGUACUGAACGCCGUUCCCUUCUUCUUCCAUUCAUCAUCUUCGCUUCUUUUGCCGUAUUUUUGGCCUUUGUUCAGGCUUCAUCCGACUUUGUUGCCGCCGCUCAAGAACAACCAGGAGCUGCCACAGGAACUCAGCUUUUCUGCCACAUCAUCGGAAUGUGCAUGCACCUUUGGUGCGUAGGAGUCGUUUGGCGUUGUUAUUGUUAUCUCGGAGAUAAGAAGGUUGCCGAGCAAAUUGGUCAGCAACUCCAAGUUACUUCUCUUGCAUUUGCCUAUGACUAUUCUCAGCCUCCUCCAUAUGCUGAUACCGUUGUUGAGAAGCAUCCUUUGACCAUUGCAUAA